GCACGCCGCGCGAGACGAGACGGACCGCCGCUGGGAUAAACACGAGCUUCUUCAAAUACACACAAGAGACAUUCAGCCCUCAUAGCGGUUUCCGAAUCAGUUUGUCAAGAGUGUCUGAAGAAAACUUAUUCAGAGGAAUUACUGUCUGGACGGUGCGAUGGGAACUUCGGCUGUAUGUUAAACGCGUGAAUGAAGAGCAUCUCUACAGUGCACGGAGUCAGUGGUACCCUGAGCACCGAACACCGGACAGGACCUUGAUACAGAUGGAUACCUUCUUUGUUGAGGGAGCUCGUGUGUGGGUGCGGGAUAAGGAGCAGCUCCUGCCCUCCACCGUCAGCUGCUGUGAUGACCGGACCCUCAUCCUCACCACAGACUAUGGAGAGGUGAUAACUCUGGAUCAGGGUGAGGUGAACAGGCUCAAGGUUUUCCCCAUGCAUCCCACCAGCAUCAGUGGAGUGGAGGACAUGUCCACUCUGGCCGAGUUACAUGAGGCCGCCAUCAUGCACAACCUCUUUCUGCGAUACCAGAAGGACCACAUUUAUACUAACAUUGGCUCCAUCCUGGCAGCUGUGAACCCUUAUAAGCAGAUAUCAGGUCUGUAUGACACCGAGGCAGUGGAUGUGUACAGCAGACAUCACCUGGGUGAACUACCUCCACACAUCUUUGCUGUGGCCAAUGAGUGUUACCGCUGUCUGUGGAAGAGACAUGACAGUCAGUGUGUGCUCAUCAGUGGAGAGAGUGGUGCUGGGAAAACAGAGAGCACCAAACUGCUGCUGAAGUUCCUGUCCGUCAUGAGUCAGAACUCCACAGGCUCUCCGCUCACAGAGAGGACCACCAGAGUAGAGCAGGCCAUCGUACAGAGCAGUCCAAUAAUGGAGGCAUUUGGAAAUGCAAAAACCGUUUACAACAACAACUCCAGCCGCUUUGGCAAGUUCAUUCAGCUUCACUUCUCUCAGAGUGGAAAUAUCCAGGGUGGCUGUAUUAUUGAUUAUUUACUUGAAAAGAAUCGAGUUGUGCGGCAGAAUCCGGGAGAGAGGAACUACCAUAUUUUCUAUGCAUUGUUGUCAGGUGCUAAGUAUGAGCACAGAGAAAUGUACAUGCUGGCUGAUUCCCCCGAGGCGUAUCAUUACCUCAACCAGUCCGGCUGUGUGAAAGACAGAAGCCUGGAUGACAAGCACCUCUAUGAUAGUGUGAUGAAAGCAUUGAAGGUGAUGGAAUUCACUGAGGAAGAGAUCCGUGAUGUCUUCAAGCUGCUCUCUGGGGUCUUACAGAUCGGCAACAUCGAGUUCAUGACUGCAGGGGGUGCUCAGAUCACCACUAAAGGAGUGGUCAGUGUCGUCAGCGAUCUGCUGGGACUCGACUCCUUUCAGCUGUCUGAGGUUCUGACUCAGCGGUCCAUGAUCCUGAGAGGAGAAGAGAUCUGCUCACCUCUAACUGUGGAACAGGCAAUUGAUUCCCGGGACUCUGUGGCCAUGGCAUUGUAUUCCCAGUGUUUUUCUUGGAUCAUCGCCAGAAUUAACCAGAAAAUCAAAGGAAAGGACAACUUCAAGUCCAUUGGCAUUUUGGAUAUCUUUGGCUUUGAAAACUUUGAGGUGAACCGGUUCGAGCAGUUCAGCAUUAACUAUGCCAACGAGAAGCUCCAGGAGUACUUCAACAAGCACAUCUUCUCCCUGGAGCAGCUUGAAUAUAACAGGGAGGGGAUACACUGGGAAGCCAUCGACUGGAUGGACAACGCAGAGUGUUUGGAUCUGAUCGAAAAGAAACUGGGCAUGUUGGCUCUUAUCAAUGAAGAGAGCAGAUUCCCUAAAGGCACGGACUACACCCUGCUGGAGAAACUCCACAGCCGGCAUGCCACAAACCCUUACUACGUGAAACCAAGAGUGGCAGAUCACCAGUUUGGUAUUAAACAUUAUGCAGGAGAGGUACUGUAUGAUGUGCGUGGCAUUCUAGAGAAGAACAGAGACACAUUCAGAGAUGAUAUUCUCAAUAUGCUGAAAGACAGCAGGCUUGACUUCAUCUAUGACCUGUUUGAGCGUGUUGGUAGCAGGAAUGGAGACGAGACUCUGAAGAUGGGCACUGCCCGCCGCAAACCCACCGUCAGCUCUCAGUUCCGGGACUCUCUUCAUGCACUGAUGGCCACUUUAAGUGCCUCCAACCCUUUCUUUGUGCGCUGCAUCAAACCUAACAUGGAGAAGAACGCAAAUAAAUUUGAUGCAGAUGUGGUUCUGAAUCAGCUACGUUACUCUGGAAUGCUGGAGACAGUGAAGAUCCGUAGAGCAGGCUUUCCUGUACGGAGAACCUUCCAAGACUUCCUCAGCAGAUACACAAUGAUCCUGAGGGACAAAAACCACACGGCGGACGAGAAAAAGAAAUGUGCAGAUCUGCUUACUAAGUAUGACGUCACAAAGAAAGAGUGGCAGCUGGGAAAGACUAAGGUGUUCCUGAAGGAAGCUUUGGAGCAGAGGCUGGAGAAGGAAAGAGAGGAGGUGCGCACAGCGGCUGGUAUGGUGAUCCGGGCCCACAUACUAAGUUAUGUGGCAAGAAAAAACUAUAAAAAAGUUCGGACCAGCACCAUCACUAUCCAAAAGAACUACCGCGCUCACUUCUGGAGACAAGCUUUCCUGCGUUUCCGCUCCGCUGCCGUGGUCCUCCAGAAACACAUCCGUGGACAGAUCGCUCGACAGCUCUACCAGCAACUCUUAGAGGAAAAACGGAGGAGAGAAGAGGAGGAGAGAAUCAGAAGAGAGGAAGAAGAGAGGAGACGACAAGAGGAGCUGAGGAGACUCGAGGAAGAGAGGCUAAGACAAGAGGAAGAAAGAAAGAGGGAGGAGGAGAGACAGAGGCUUCAAGAAGAAGAACAGAGAAGGAAAGAGGUGGAACAGGAGGCUUUACGGAUACAGCGGGAAGAGGAAGAGUUGAACAGGAGGCGGGAAGAGCUGAAGAGCAAACAGAUACUGGAGGAUAUAGAGGCAGGGCACAGCAGGAGUCUAGUGGAGAAAAAUCAUCACAACCACAAGAAGGACGUGUCCCACGGCCUGUGCCAGUACUCGUCUGAAGAGGAGAGUCGUCAGAUGGAGGAGAUCCUGCGGCUGGAGCGGGAGAUUGAACGGCUGCAGAGACAGAGAGACGAAGGGGUGUCCUUGCUGAACGACAGCUCCAGAGACGAGCUGCGGCAGAAGAGGGACGACGAGAUCUACCGGCUGGAGAAAGAGGCUUCACGUGUGGCCACUGAGUUCCUGGAGAUGCUGGACUUCGGAGGUUUGGAGCAGUCGCUCUCCAGCGAGGAGAACCUUCACGACCCGUCAGAGACCACCGCUCCUCUGGCUGAGGAAGAGGUGGAUGAAGGCUUCCACGCGGACGAUGAGUGUAUCCCACUCCGCGACUUCCCUCUCCCAGCUGCCGUGCCCAUGGACAAAGAGAUUCUCUCCAGCCUUCUGCCUCCACCGCCUGCCUUUACUGAAGAUCUGGUGGCCACGUCCUCACCUGCACGGAUGGAGCGACCGAAAUCCAAUUCCUCCAUCAAACAAAACAGACUCUCAGACAUUCCCCCUCCUCCAACUACAGCUCCACCCCCUCCUCCAACUGCACUGCCGUCAACCACAGGAGAUUAUGAAGUGGUGUAUAAAAACGCCAGGAAGACGAUAACAGAGAUUGUACUGCCAGUGGAGGAAACCAGCUUCAGUAUUCUGCCGGACACAGAGUCGGACUAUGACCAAGAGGAGUUUGAGGAGGCGCUGGGGAGUUGUGGGGAUGCAGGAAGUACUAAUGACGGACACCUCACUGACGAGGAAGUGCUACAUAGAUCUUCCUGUACCUACAACAGCACAGACUCCUUUAGAGGAAGUUCAGACUCCUUCAUUGACAGCAAUGACGAGAACGAUGGAUAUGUGGACACAGACGAGGAGGUGUCCAAUGGUAGAGUGCAUCUGCUAAACGGAAGUGGACCUCCUUAUUUCCACAGCUACCUGUACAUGAAAAGUGGGCUAAUGAUCCCGUGGCGCAGACGCUGGUGUGUUUUGAAAGACGAGACCUUCAUGUGGUUCAGGGCAAAGCAGGAUUCUCUCAAGUCAGGCUGGCUGUACAAGAAAGGUGGAGGGAUGUCCACUCUGUCCCGCAGGAACUGGAAGAUGCGCUGGUUCGUCCUUCGAGACUCUAAACUCAUGUAUUUCGAGAACGACAGUGAGGAGAAACUGAAGGGAACCAUUGACAUCCGAGCUGCCAAGGAGAUUGUGGACAACCAUGAGAAGGAGAAUGCACUGAAUAUUGUAACCGGGGACAGGACUUACCAGAUCUAUGCAGAAUCUCCUGAGGAUGCAAGUGGCUGGUUCAAUGUGUUGAGCCGUGUGCACAGUGCCACUCCAGAACAGCUUCUGCAGAUGCAGCAUGAACAGGCCAACCCCAAGAACGCAGUUGGAACACUGGAUGUUGGGCUCAUCGACUCUGUAUGUGCCUCCGACAACCCAGACAGGCCAAACUCGUUUGUUAUUAUCACUGCUAAUCGUGUGAUCCAUUGCAACACUGACACACCUGAGGAAAUGCACCACUGGAUCGGCCUUCUGCAGAAGCCUAAAGGAGACUCGAGGAUAGACGGCCAGGAGUUCAUAGUGAGAGGUUGGCUGCAUAAAGAGAUGAAGUCCAGUGGGAAGAGCACAUCUCUCAAGCUAAAGAAACGCUGGUUUGUUCUGACCAAUAACUCACUGGAUUAUUAUAAAUCAUCAGAGCGCAGCGCCUCUAAACUGGGAACACUGGUGCUCAACAGCCUUUGCUCGGUUGUUCAGCCCGAUGAGAAAGUUUACAAGGAGACAGGUUACUGGAACAUAAUAGUCCAUGGGAGAAAGCACUCUUACCGUCUCUACACCAAACUACUGAACGAAGCCAUGAGAUGGGCUUCAGCCAUUCAGGUGGCCAUUGAUAACAAGGUUCCCAUUGAAACGCCUACCCAGCAACUCAUCCGAGAUAUCAAGGAGAGCAGUCUUAAUGUGGAGGCUGUGGAGCAGAUGUACUGGAGGAACCCCAUCCUGAGAUACACGCAGCACCCUCUGCACUCGCCCCUGCUGCCUCUACCGUACGGAGAGGUCAACGUCAGCUUGCAAAAGGAGAAAGGCUACACCAGCCUGCAAGACGAGGCAGUCAAAAUCUUUAACUCAUUACAGGAGAUGGAAGCUGUGUCAGAUCCAAUGCCCAUCAUUCAGGGCAUCUUACAGACAUGUCAAGAUCUGCGGCCGCUCAGAGAUGAAGUGUACUGUCAGCUGAUCAAACAAACCAAUCACGUGCCUCAGCCCAACAGCUCUGGCAACCGUGCACACUGGCAUCUGCUCACCUGCAUGAGCUGCACCUUCCUGCCCAGCCGCGGCAUCCUCAGAUACCUCCGCUUCCACCUGAAAAGGAUAAAGGAGCUGUUCCCUGGGACAGAAAUAGAGAUGUUCGCUGUGUUCAUUGGCGAGUCGCUGAAGAAGACAAAAGCGCGGGAGUUUGUGCCUUCGCAAGAGGAGAUAAUCGCUCUUUUGCACAGACGUGAGAUGACGACCACUGUUUACUGCCAUGGUGGAGGCUCCUGCAAGAUUUCAAUCAACUCUCACACUACAGCAGGAGAGGUGGUAGAGAAACUGAUCCGAGGCUUGGCUAUGGAGGACAGCAGGAACAUGUUUGCUUUGUUUGAGCAUAACAACUCGAUCGACCGAGCCGUGGAGAGCAGGGUGAUUGUGGCCGAUGUGCUGGCCAAGUUCGAGAGGUUGGCAGGAAGUGAAGUGGAGGAAGACGGCCCAUGGAAGCUGUACUUCAAACUGUAUUGUUUCUUGGAUGUGGAGAGCAUGCCCAAGGAAGGAGUGGAGUUUGUCUUCAUGUUUGAGCAGGCUCAUGAAAGUUUAAUAAGCGGUCACUUUCCUGCCCAUGAGGACACCCUCCAGCACCUGGCUGCUUUACGUCUGCAGUACCUGUAUGGGGAUGUGUCUCGGGUGAACUGGAGCUUGGACAACGUCUACCCCACCGGCCGACUGCGCAGCCGCAUACUUCAGUUCACUAAAGUGGGAGGCGCAGCCGGAUCAGGACAAACCCUGGAAAGGAGGAGGACGAGCUUCCUGGACGGCACGCUGAGGCGAGGGCUGAAGACAGGCACCAUGAAGAAGCAGCGCAGCAUGCAGGAGGAACAAAUGAUGGAAAUGUGGAUCAAGGAAGAGACUUCAGCCACCAGGGCCAAUAUUAUGGAGAAAUGGAGUCGACUGCAUGGACUGGAUCAGCACCAAGCCAUGCUCAAAUACAUGAACAUCAUUAAAGAGUGGCCUGGGUAUGGAUCAACGCUGUUUGAUGUGGAGUGUAAAGAAGGUGGUUUCCCUCAUGAUCUCUGGCUGAGCGUGAGUGCCGAGAACGUGUCUGUGUAUAAGCGAGGAGAGGCCAAACCUCUGGAGACUUUCCCCUAUGAACACAUUGUCUUCUUUGGAGCUCCUCACGCCAGCACAUAUAAGAUCACCGUGGAUGGGAGGGACAUGUUCUUUGAGACACCUCAGGUUGGAGAGAUCACCAAAAUAAUGAAAGCCUACAUCAACAUGAUAGUUAAGAAGCGAUGCAGUGUCAGAUCAGUGGCCAGCUUUGGGAGCAACUGGAUCAGAUGAUUAAUGCUGACCAAUCAAGACGAGAGAGACUUCCUUCGCACUGAUGGAAAAAUGAAUUCAACAGCAGGGAUGUGGAUUGAUGAAUAUAAGAUGAUGAUACAGGAACCAGUGAUAGGACAAACAUGUUUUUUUUUUAUCUAAUCUGUAUGUGUGUAGACAACCACCCCUCAAACAACAUGUCAUAACUGAUGUUUAAUAUACAGUUGCAUACAUUUUGGACCAAUGAGAUUCCGCUGUGGGCGGGGCUACCAACAGACUGUCCUGUCAAUCAUCAGAGCUAAAUUUAGCACUUGUUCCUUUAUCCCAUCACGUCUGGUUAGUACGAGGUGCAUUGCUAAUUGACCAGCAAAUGUUCAUCGCCAAUACCUCAAUGCUUCGACAUGCACCUUUCUGCUUUUGGCCAAUUUCAGUUUUGAACACUCUUUGAAGUGAAAAGAUCAAAACAUGGUUUUAAAUGUUACACACAUAACACUGUUUUGUUGAGAGCUUUCAAAGACUAAUAGCCUGAGGUGAUUGCACACAUUGAAGGCCUCAACAGCCAUGUUAAAACUUGCCUUACUCUGCACAAGGGCUGGUCUGUGCAGAUUUGUGUCAUUUAGAUGGCUUUCUGUGUUACUGUUUGUCUGUUACUGUUUCUCGGGUUGAGAGAAUGAGGAAAUGUAUUUUUACCUGUUUUGCCGUUUUUAUCCAUGCAUUCUCUUGUGUAUUGUGCAUGAGGGGCUAUUCACACAGAAAGCGUUUUUGCAUUCCACUGCACUGCUUUUCCAUUGAUGUAUCUCUAUAUGUAACCAUGCUAGAUGUGCCGCGUCUUUUGCAGUGCCUCAUACAUGACACGGCGUUCUAAAAAAAAGGUAAAACAUGCCUCUAGACUCUGUCUUGCAUUUUUUGAUUCCACUGUGCCACAUUUCCAUUGCUUUUUCUAAGUAAGCAUACUAGACGGAAGUGUUUGGUCCUUAGGGGCCAUUCACACAGAUCAAGUUUUUGAGAUGUGUAUAGAGAAGUAUAGAGAUGUGCUUUUUAAAUGUUAAGUGGCACAUUUUUAGAAUGCAGUGUUGCCUCAAAAGACGCGAGACAAACACAGCAGUCAAACAUGUCUGUCUAGUGCAUGUUCACCUAAAAAUAACAAAAACACUGAAAUGUGAACGGCCCCAUCUGGGUUAAGCUCAGGAACAGUAUAAAGACAUAAGCAAUAUCUCAACAUUUCAGUGCAGUGUUUUGGUUGUUAUAGCAAAAAGAUCUGAAAGGAAAUCGGUGGAAUACCGCUGUACUGAUAUUUGCAGAAAAGCUAUGGCUGCGCUAUUUCACACAGGUCAGUUGUAAAUUCUUUCUUUCAAGAUAAAUUGAUCCAUUUCAGUUUAAAUGUCAAACCUUUUUCAGACGGAUGUUUGGAAUAUGCUUGUCUUUUUUUUUUUAAGGAAGCCUGCAUGCUUGUAACUGAAGGAUGAUUUUGUGUGCCUAAAAGAGAGUGAAUAAUUAUGGGUGGGCUGGGUAUUUAUUCAGUGUUAGUGUCAUUGUAUGGAUGGUGUUGUUGAUGGCAUGUCAUGUACAGACUCCCUACAUCAGUGAUGUGACACACAGUGAUAAUAUGAAUGGAGGAUGUCACUGUGGUAUCAGAGACUCGUUUAUGUGGUACCGCAACCUCAUUCAAAGUUCUGUUCAUUAUUGCUCCAUUAAUAAAUCUGGUGAGCUGCUGGUCAGUUCACUGCAAGAGUGCAUCUCAUCACAUCUUUAGUUUAGUGUCAAAGUAUUCCAGUUUGUGUAGAGGAUGAAAAUCAAAGAUUGUUUGGUUUUUUUGUAACUGGAUUUACAAAAUGCUUAAUAAAUUAUUUCAAUUCCA